GGCUUACAAAGCGCAUAUUGUGUAAAUUAAGAAGAUGGCGUCGGAGCAAGCGUACUUUAAAGACCUACAGAAUCUGCGGAGUGAGAGGUUGUCGCUUUUUAACCGCACACGCUCAAUUGCUAAAGACAGUGCGUUUGUAAGCGAUGUUAAGGCUUCGUAUGGGGAUCUGCCUCUGGUAGCCAAUUUGAGGUGUGGUCUCUGGUACAGUAACUCUUUCGACGACCACGCCUACUUCAAGUCAACGGAUGGGCACUCCCACAUGUGUGACUUGAAUAUGCGGCGGUUGAAUCUCCACUUGCUGAAACAUCUGCAAACAAGCGGUGGCUUCAUGCUCGUCGAUAGUUCGCGGAGGAAACGGUUUCCCGAUAGCAUGUCACGGACAGUGCCCAUCUGGGCGGCCUGUGUGAACGCCGUUGUCGACCGCUACCAACAUCGGCAGAGACAGGACAUGCACAAACAAUUCCCCGAGGCAAAGGUUGACCCCGAAACCCAGCUGCCAUUCAACCUGUAUGUGCUACCAACCAUGGUAUCGGCCAUGGAAAAGGCUCAACUGGAGAGCAUGAUGGAGCAAUGGCUCGUGAAGCUUGAGCGAACCCUAACAGAAAGUACGUCUCUCAGGUAG